CGGCUAGUGGGUAUAAGCUGACGCCCUGAAGGACCUGAUUUGCCUUGGAUUGAAGCCAUAGAAGCUUGAAGCUUGAAGGCUGGAAGCCCUCAAUGGCAAUCAUCCCCCCGCGGGGGCCGCUAUUUUACGAGUCCCCCAGAAAAUCAGUGAAAUUGGAUCCCGGGGAACUUGGAACUUGAAACGUGCUUACCAGUACUUACCGCCCAGCAUCACUGCAGCGCGACGAGGAAUCCAUCUUCGAAGUUGUACUUGCAAUUGUCACCGUCUUCGUAUCCCAUUUUCUGUCGGUCGUCAGUCGCCGGCGAUCUCGUUCCAUGGUGUGGUCGGCUGCGACUCGCGAAGCCGCCUAGAAGCGAGUAGGGCGCCCUACUAUGGGCUCAGCAGGCGACAGCGAUUCGAUCCUUGAAUGCGACGUCUUGAUUCUCGGAGCCGGUAUAUUCGGAACCAGCACCGCGUAUCACCUCUCGCUUGACAGGAAUCGUGACUAUGCCUCAAAAAUCACGGUGCUCGAUCGCGCUCAGGCGCCCAGCCCGGACGCUGCAUCAUCGGACAUCAACAAAAUCGUACGGGCGGACUACAGCAAGACAUUCUACAUGAACUUGGCGUACGAAGCCAUGGAAUCCUGGAUACACAAUCCGCUGUUGAGUCCCUACUUCCACCAGACGGGGUGGGUGAUGCUGGAUGAACAAGAAAGCGACCUGGCCGACCGCAUUCGUCGAAACUUCCGCGAGAGCGGGCGGCCAGACACAUCGGCGGAUAUCACGCUUGAACAAGUCAAGGCUGAUUCAAGUUGGGGCGGUGUGUUGUCUGGUAUAGAUACGGCUGGGUACGGCAAGGCCUAUACUAAUUCUAGUGCUGGGUGGGCUGACGCAUCGGCGGCCGUGGAAGCAAUGAUGAAAGAAGCGAUCACAGCCGGUGUGAAAUACGAGGUAGGCGAGAUCGUCGAGUUACUUUAUGAACAGGAUGAUGGCACCGGCGGCGCCGGCCGCGGUGGUGGAGGUGGUAGGGUUACAGGCGUCCGCACUGCUGAUGGCAGGACCUUCUGCGGCAAAAAGAUCGUUCUGGCAACAGGUGCAUGGACGCCUUGGCUGAUGGCACCGCUGGAGAAGCAGCUGAAGAUAUCAUACGAGGAUAGCAUUCAGAAACAAAUCCAAGCGGCAGGGGUGUGUGUCGCCUCGUUCAGGCUGUCAGAGGAUGAAGCAUGGCAUUACUCCCAGAUGCCCGUUUUGGUCUACGGCGCAAAAGGAGAGGUUAUCCCUCCUAACAAGGACCGGUUUCUGAAGUUCACAAAUGCAAACACGUUUCUCAAUUCCCAACCUCACCCACAAACCGGUGCACUGGUGUCUGUCCCGUUGCCCGAGCAAAAGACCGUGCCCGAGGCUCUGAAGCGGCAGUCGAUCGACAUCAUCCGUCAGCGUAUCCCACAAAUACUGGCCGAUGGCCGCAUGCCUGAUGAUUGGCGUAUUUGCUGGGACGCCAUCUCACCGGACCAGAACCAGCUCAUCGCGAGACACCCUGACCCGCGGUUGUCGAACCUGUACUUUGCUACAGCGGGCUCGUUCCACAGUUGGAAGUUUCUGCCGAACAUAGGGAAGUAUGUUGUCAAUGUCCUUGCUGGCAAAUCGAAUGGCCCCGAAAAGGACGGAGCGUGGGCAUGGAAGAAAGAAUGGGCCGGAAGAGGCGCCCAUGAGAAGGUCUUGCCCAAGGGAGAGUUGAGGGACUUUGGGUAAGUCAGCUAAUGUCAUGACACAGGGAAUACUUGAACUAGGGAUUCCUCAGGCAAUUCUUUUCUAAAUGCACAGGACGCUCAACAUUGCUUUCAUAGAUGGUUUUGGGUCUAUAUAGGUAUCUUCAGCUCUCCUAGAUAUGUACUUACAUCCAAGCUAAACGGCUUCGCUUUUGUAAAUCCCUUCAGGCGGCAGACAAAACAAGUUUUCUGUUGCCUACCACUCCAUUUUCUCCUUCACAUACAGGUCAACGUACUUGUCAAUUUCCA